CGUGGUCGACGAUGGCGUCGUCAGUCUACGUCUGACGGCCAAUUUGGUGUUCAUUUUGAGGUUAAAUUUUGUAAUUUUUAUAAUCAAAAUGGUUAGUGAAAUAGACGAACGACGUGUGGUUAAAGAACUAAUUGAAUUGUAUCGUAAUCUACCAUGCUUGUGGGACAUGAGGUCUGAGGAUUACAGAUUUGUCAAGAAAAAAAACUUGGCAUGGGGAAUGUUACUUGAAAAACUUAAGGAAAUUGAUCCUGAUGCCAAUAUUUAUUCAGUUAAACGCAAGAUUGACAAUUUGAGAAAUGGUUACAAAAGGGAGCUGAAGAAGGUGAGAAAAUCACUUCAACAGAGCAAAUCGGAAGAGGAUGUUCACGAACCAAGCCUCUGGUAUUUCAAGCUGCUGGAUUUCUUGAGCGAUAGAAAAUAUGAGAUCUCUGAAGACUCCCAGUCGGACGAUGUGUACAUGGUGAUAGUUGAUGAUAAAUACCAGUCUUCCUCUCAAGUGAAGCAAUCACAAGAAAACGAAUUAGAAAAACAGAAACAGUAUUACACAGAGGAAUUGAAACGCUCGCUGCAAAAAGGGGAUCUAACGAUAAGAGAGACUCGUAGUCUAGACACAAACCCAUUCGCAGUGUACGUUGGAAAGCAGUUGGAUGAAAUGACCCCGUUCCAAAGGAAGGUAGCGGAGAAAGUGAUAUCAGAGGUGCUGUUCUUAGGUAAAACUGAGAGUCUUAACUUCGAUUCCAAGGUGGUGACUCCUACAGAAACACCUAGACCGGAACCAUGGGUCUCACCGAACAAAACUAGUGAAAUAAAAGAAAAUCCACCGAUUUCUAGAUUAGACAUACUAAAUUCAGCUACUAAAAGGAAAAUUUCAAGGGAACCAAUCGUAAAAAAGAAGGCCAAAAGAAAAAUUUCAACGGAAACUAAAAAAGGCAAACCUGAAACAGCUUUUAUAGAUAUCCAGCUCAGUCCGGAGAGCUCACAGUGCUCAUCGCAAAAGACGUUAGUAAAUCCGUUGUCAACGGAUGGCUCCUCGGAAGAAUCUGAUCAAGAGGAAGCGUUUGAAGUUGAUGAUGAAGAAACUAGUAAAUAUGAUGAUGAUGACGAUUCAAAUGAUGAUUCGAUUUUGAAAACCCUGUUGAAAUCUAAAUGACAACUAAUGAAAAAGGGGAAAACUCCAAAAAAAGCACUACCUUCUACGAAAAGAAGUAAGAUUGUUAACAAAAAAUCGAAUAAAUCAAUGGUUUUGAGAAAAACAAAAUUGCAUUCGUGAAAAUUCGUUAUACUUAUUUUAAUGUGGCCUUGUCUACUACUACACACUGUUUAUUCGUAUAACAGUCAAUGUUACUUUCAAUAGUCGUGUAUCAAUUUUUAGUCGUUAAAUCGAUAAAUUCACUCAUCGUGUCGAUUAUUAUUUUUCGUUAGACUUUGGUAAAUUAAUUGAGGUAAUAAUUAAAACCCUCCAUAAAAUAGACUAAUCAUCCGGAGACUUACUACUCAGUGGCGGAUUUAGUCCUUAUACGUCAUUUUAUUAUUUCACGUGCAACAACGUAGGACGUCCACCCACAAGGUGGACCGACGACCUCAUAAAGGCAGCAGGAAGGGGCUGGAUGUGCAGGCCGCCACCAACCGGUCAUUGUGGAAAUCAUUGGGGGAGGCCUAUGUUCAGUAGUGGACGUCCUGUGGCUGAAAUGAUGAUGACGACGUGCAACAAAGAUUAAAUAGACUAAGAGCUAAUAAAGUUCACCAGCUCUUAGUCUAAAAUAAACUACCUAGCCUGGUAAAUGUAUCAGGGAGAGAAAUUGUGAUAAUGUAGGUAUUUUUUUGUCAUUUGAUGGUGGAUAGGUACUUAUGUAUAAACUUUUUAUAAGCCAAAAAGGUAUUUUAUUAGGGUAAUAAAUAAGCUUUAAUUUAAUCGUAAUUAUAAUUUAAGUCUAGAUAGGACAUUGUGACAAAUAAAGCUAUUUUGCUUGUA